AUGCCAUUCGAUCAAGCUCUCUUCCACUACUCUCUCGUCUCUAUCUUCCUCAUCGGACCACCCACCUUCAUCGCCACCAACUUCAUCACCGCCCCAUACGGCAAGCACCACCGCACCGGAUGGGGUCCCACCGUACCCUCUUCGUUGGCCUGGUUUCUCAUGGAAAGCCCUACCCUCUGGCUCACCCUUCUUCUUUACCCAUUCGGCCAACAUCGUUCUGAUCCAAAAUCCAUCCUCCUAAUCUCCCCUUUCCUCAUCCACUACAUUCACCGGACCAUAAUCUACCCUCUCCGCCUCCGCCUUAAACUAUCCAAAGGCUACCCAAUCAGCAUCGCAUUUAUCGCCUUCACCUACAACCUCCUCAAUGCUUACUUGCAGACAAGAUGGGUGACCCAAUACGCCGAUUACCAGAACGACGAGUGGUUUUGGUGGCGGUUUUCCGGUGGGUUGGUGGUUUUCUUCGGUGGUAUGGCGGUGAAUGUGAAGUCGGAUAUGGAGUUGAUGAGGCUGAAGAGUGGUGGUGGUGGGUACAAGAUUCCGAGAGGUGGUCUGUUCGAAGUCGUGAGCUGCCCAAAUUAUUUCGGGGAGAUCGUGGAAUGGUUGGGAUGGGGAUUGAUGACCGGGUCAUGGGUCGGGUUAGGGUUUUUUGUAUUCACAUGUGCCAAUUUGGUACCCAGGGCACGUGCCAAUCACGAGUGGUAUUUGCAGAAAUUUGGUGAAGAUUAUCCCAAGGGAAGGAAAGCUGUGAUUCCAUUUGUGUAUUGAAGUGUUUCUCUGAACUUUGGUGUUUAAUCCAAAAACUUGUAUGUUUUGGUGA